UCGGAGUUUGUAUCAGAAAAUAUUGAGAUAAAUUCGGACUGAUAGAUAACCCCCCAAGUGUGUGCUCCAGAACAUGAGAUAAUGCUAAGAUUGGCAACUGUUGGCAGAAACACAAAUGCUUUCUAUUUUAGACUUCAUUGUGGCUUUUAAUAUUUGAAUAUAAAUCCUGCAUGGAAUGUUGGAUCAUAUCUGCAAGAAGAUUUAUAUAGAUUUUAGAAAUAACUUUCGGAAGCCCGCAGAGAAGCACAUAUAUCCAAACAGGCUGCCAUGGGAAUAUAAUAUAGGAUAAGCACAAUAGACUGACAUUUCCUCUGGGCCUUGAGUCACCUCAUAACACAAUACAGUGCAUCUAGUGGAUAAAAUUGUGGAGUAUUCAUCAGCAUUCUCAAAUGAAAGGGCCUAACAGCGAAACACAGCGUGCUUAGGCUAGCAUUUAUACUAGCUAGCAGCCUAACUCGGCAAUGCCUUAAGAACCAUCUCAAAACAUGGAGACCACAAUUGGUUGGAGCUAUGAACCAGAAAACUUAACCAUCUAUAUGGUAAAUAAAAACAGCUCCAAUGCCAGUGCUCAGUUCACAGGUGUCCAGCUCAUCCAGUCCUACAAACCCCUCUUCAUACCUUGCUACACCCUGGUGGUACUGAUCGGGAUUUUUGGAAACUACCUGCUCCUGUAUGUGAUUUGUAAAACCAAGAAAAUGCACAACGUCACCAACUUCUUUAUUGGGAACUUAGCUUUUUCUGACAUGCUGAUGUGUGCCACCUGUGUGCCUUUUACAUUGGCAUAUGCAUUCAACCCGCAAGGAUGGGUUUUUGGGAAGUUUAUGUGCUAUUUUGUUUUUCUGAUGCAACCGGUGACUGUUUAUGUGUCCGUGUUUACCCUGACGGCUAUUGCUGUGGACAGGUACUAUGCAACAGUGCACCCUUUAAAGAAAAGAAUUUCUGUGACCACCUGUGUAUAUGUCUUGGUGGGCAUUUGGCUUUUGUCCUGUGCCCUUGUUGGACCAGCUAUUGCUCAUACAUAUCAUGUGGAGUUCCAACAGGAAGGGUUCACGAUCUGUGAAGAAUUCUGGAUGGGCAAAGAGACAGAAAGGUUGGCCUAUGCUUACAGCACACUAAUUAUCACAUACAUUCUACCUCUGUCUGCAGUGUCACUAUCUUAUAUCUGUAUCACGGUCAAGCUGAAAAACAGAGUUGUCCCCGGCCACCCCACACAAAGCCAGGCUGAAUUCGAUAGGCUGCGCAAGAGGAAGAUAUUCAGACUCAUUGUGCUGGUGGUGACAGCCUUUGGGAUAUGCUGGCUACCGAUCCAUGUGUUCAACAUAAUUCGGGAUAUUGACAUUAAUAUGAUCAACAAGCACUACUUCCUACAUAUCCAGCUUUUUUGUCACUGGUUUGCGAUGAGCUCCUCCUGCUGCAACCCGUUCCUUUAUGCCUGGCUGCAUGACAGGUUCCGCAGUGAAUUAAGAAAAAUGUUCACAUUCAAGCGUAAGAUCAUUCCUACUAACAACUGUGUAGCAGUCAGUGUGAUGCUCUAAGCUAACUAAUGUGACACCAAUAAGUAUCUGGUACUAUGUGCGAGUCAACAUUCAUACCUUUCAGUCCUUUUUACAAGCAAGUGAUAAGGGAGAAGCAUCUAUAUUUGAUUUUGCAACAGGAAGUUGCAAGAGGACUAUGGAAUUUUCAAACUGCUCUCUUCAUGUUUACAUACAGUUUGAGCUGUAAAAUAAUUGGGCUAGUUUUGGCUUUACAUGUUGGCGCAUUAUUGGUAGAUCACAAUAAUAAAUGUAGUUUCUAAACACUG